CCACUAUGGCCAGUAAUGGUGCAAUGUCGCAUUGGACAGGGACAGCUUCCGGCUGUCAUCGUUUCACUCCGUUCUUUUUCUUGUAGGCCAUCGAACAGAAGAUCCAAAGAUGGGUCGUCGUCCCGCAAGAUGUUAUCGUUAUUGUAAGAACAAGCCUUACCCCAAGUCCCGGUUCUGUCGUGGUGUCCCAGACUCCAAGAUCCGUAUCUUCGAUUUGGGAAGGAAGAAGGCUACCGUAGAAGACUUCCCGCUUUGCGUGCAUUUGGUCUCUGACGAAUAUGAACAGCUUAGUAGUGAAGCUCUUGAAGCCGGACGUAUUUGCUGCAACAAAUACCUCGUCAAGCACUGCGGUAAGGAUCAAUUCCAUAUCCGUAUGCGUCUCCAUCCAUUCCACGUUAUCCGCAUCAACAAGAUGUUGUCGUGUGCCGGAGCUGAUAGGCUCCAAACUGGAAUGAGAGGUGCUUUUGGUAAACCACAAGGUACUGUUGCUCGUGUCCACAUCGGACAGCCAAUUAUGUCUGUGCGUUCAAGCGAUCGUUACAAGGCUCAAGUUAUUGAGGCUCUGCGUCGUGCCAAGUUCAAGUUCCCAGGAAGGCAAAAGAUUUACGUCUCAAAGAGAUGGGGAUUCACCAAAUACGACCGUGAGCGUUAUGAGGAACUCCGUGAUGAAGGUCGUUUGGCACCUGAUGGUUGCCAAGUCAAAUACAGGCCAAUGCACGGACCAAUUGCCGCCUGGGAGAAGGUUCAACGUGAUAUUUACAGUUAGAUCGAUGUCUCUCAAAAGAGUGAUUUUUUAAAAAGAACAGAAAAUUAAGUUGGCAAUAAAAAACAUCUAAAAUGCCUCAAUAAAAAAUA